AUGGCUUUAGGUACAAGUAGUCCAGUCCCUGGCAGCCACCAGGAAGCAAGCUUCAGAAAACCCUGUGAUUCCCCCCAAAUGGCAGAACACCCAUGAUGAAGAAGAUGGGCAUUCCUGAAGGGGAAACAGUGACCCCUCGGCAAAGACGUGGAUGUGCCGCCUCCCCAACAACUGGCUCACAGACAACCCUGUUCUCCACAGACACGUACCACAUGGACCGCAUGGAGUUGAUCCUCUUCCUGUAUGAAAAGACCUGGCAGGAGUGCCUGCUGCAUGUGCGAGAAUGCAAGAACUCCUUUGAGGCUUUGGCUAAGCAGACUAAGUGGCAGAGCUUGGACCUCUUCACAUACUUCCCGUGGUCUGUGCAGCUGUGGGAAGAGCACCAGCGCGCACUGUCGAUGCAAGAGGGGGAGCUGGAGAAGAGGAAGGGACGCCAUCGGCAGAAGACCCACCUGGAGAGCCCGAAGCCAAUGAAGAGCACAUCCUAAAGAGAUUGCAGAUACCGAAGAAAAGGAAAGAGGCUCAACUGGAAAUGAACAGAGGUGAAGGAAGCUUAAGUCAAGAGUCAGGUUCUGAUAGGCCAGCUGAAGAGAGAGAAGAAAAAGGUCAAGAAACAGACUCCUCCAUAGCUGAAGCGGGGCUGAGCCAGACAGACCUGUUCCCAUGGUUUGUUGAGAUGAAGGAGUCCAGAGAAGAUGGUGUGCAAGAACCGGAAGAAACGCAGGGAGAAAGAGAGAAUGACUUAGAACCAUACCGUGCCCUAGAAAUUGUGAGGGUGAUAGAAGGGCAGGAAGAGAAAGAGGAGGAAAAAAUGAGAAGAAAGAUGAGAAUGAAGAAAAACAGGAGGAGGAAGAAGAAGGGCAAGAGGAGGAGGAAGAAAUAAAAGAGGAGGAAGAACAGAGAGCAGAGGAGGAGGAGGAGGAAGAUCAAGAGAAUUUAUACAAGGAUCAAGUAAGGCCACAAGUGGCACAUUGUUUCUUUUGUUUAUUGUGGAUGUGUCCCUCAUGUAAGUUUGGUCCUACAGUGGCUCACUCUCCAUAGAGAUGAUUAGAAAGACAGGAAUGUACUGUUUUAUUUA